GGACGGCCACCCAACCCAAUUACCGAUCCAACUCAACCCGUCCAAGAGACGAGGGAAGAUAAACUGACAACUUCUCAGCCCUGUGGGUCUCUUACCGCCACUACCAUUCUUUACUCAUGGCUCUGCAUCUGCCGUUCCCGUCCGCUGAGACGCCAGCCCUCCUCCACUUGCGGAGCUCCCCAAAACCUCCAACCAGACCGCAACUUCCCCCCGCCGACACCGCCCGACCUUCCUCCCAAGUCCUCCGUCUCCGCCGCCACCUCAGUCCCCGUCUGGUCGUCUCGGUCGGCAAGGAAGAGACUGAGCUGCGCGUCUCCAGUGGUGCGGAGCAGCAGGACGCGAGUCCCGAGGAUUUGGAAUGCGUUCAGCAGAUCCAAAGGGUGUUGGAGCUUCUUACGAAGAAUAGAGACAUGCUCUUCGGUGAG